AAGGACAAGUCUCGAUCCUUCUGCUCGAGAUCGAAAAGUUACAUGUGUAGGCCAUACUACACUAUAUUUCACGUUGUUGUUAUAUUUCCCUUGUUUUUAAGAUUUUACUCACAGUUAUUAGAAGAAUGAAGCUCAUUACGCAUAAUAUGUUGACUAGUAAAGGUAUAAAGAACGUAAAGGAGGGAUUUCCGCUAAAGAUACAGGCUGAGGAAGUGAGAAAUGUGGAUAUUGAUUUUGACCGGGAAUUUAUCUCUAGAACUAUACCCAAGCUGGACUGGAAUGCUCUCAUAUUUGCAGCGCAGUGUGUAGGGCACCAAGAAGACCUCCCAGAGACCUUACCAGAGAGUUAUGAUAAUGAUGAAGACCUCCUGAAGAAGUUGCAUCAUAUAUUGCUGGAGGUGGAAGUGGUCAACGGCUGCCUGGAAUGCCCAGAGACAAAGAGAAAAUUCCCAAUCAGCAAUGGCAUUCCAAAUAUGUUGCUAAAUGAAGAUGAAGUAUAAUUCAAAUGAAAAGAAAAUCUGUUUUGUACUUACCAAGUAUGACAUUGACAGAACAGAUAUAUUUUAUUCUCAUAUGAUUUUUCCAUAUGUUUGUCAGUCACCUCAUUAGAAUAUAUGUAAGGCUCAUUUUGUGAUAGUAAAAUGGAUGUUAAUGUA